GAGAAAUUUUGGAGGGAGGGCUGCAGGUUGGGUUUGUCUCUGAACACCCCGUUUUGUGGCUAUAAAAGCAGCGCCGGGGCAGUGAAGACACAUCCUCUCCUCUUCCCCAUCAAGCUGAAUAACUGAGCUCAGCACCUUCAGCUAUGGCCACCUCCUUCAUGCACAGCUCUUCUUCAACCUACGGCGGUGGCUUUGGGGCUGGUGGCAGCACUCGCCUGUCCUCGGUGCGAGCAGGAGGAACCUGCCGAGCUCCGAGCAUCCACGGAGGAUCCGGUGGCAGGGGUGUCUCCAUCUCCUCGGCUAAGUGUGUCACCUCUGGAGGAGGUGGAUAUGGGUUUGGUUGUGGUUAUGGAGGAGGCUACGGUGGCUUCGGUGGAGGGGCUUGCUAUGGUGGAGGGUCUGGCUUUGGUGGAGGGUCCGGCUUUGGUGGAGCUUUUGAUCUUGGUGCUACCUUUGGUGGUGGUGAUGGCCUUAUCUCUGGAAAUGAAAAGAUAACUAUGCAGCAUCUGAACGACCGCCUGGCUUCGUACCUGGCCAAGGUGCGAGCACUGGAAGAGGCCAACUCAGACUUAGAAGUUAAAAUCCGGGAGUGGUAUCAGAAGCAAGCUCCCACCAGCCCAGCCCGGGACUACAGCAACUAUUACAAGAUGAUUGAAGAUCUCCGAGACAAGAUCCUCGCAGCUACUGUGGACAAUUCCAAAGUGGUUCUGGAGAUGGACAAUGCCAGGCUGGCUGCAGAUGACUUCAGAAUGAAAUAUGAGAACGAGUUGUUCAUGCGCCAGAAUGUGGAGGCCGACAUCAACGGGCUGCGCAGGGUCCUGGACGAGCUGACCCUGGCCAGAACUGACCUGGAGAUGCAGAUCGAGAACCUGAAGGAGGAGCUGGCCUAUCUCAAGAAGAACCACGAGGAGGAAAUGAAAGAGUAUUCCAAUCAGCUCACUGGAACAGUCACCGUGGACCUUGACGCUGCUCCUGGUGUCGACCUGACCCGAAUUCUCGCGGACAUGAGGGCACAGUAUGAAGCUCUGGCUGAGAAGAACCGUAAAGAUGUUGAGGCCUGGUUCGUGACUCAGACUGAGCAGCUGAGCCACGAAGUAGCCACCCACACCACAGAGAUAGAGACCGGCAAAUCGGAGAUCAUAGAACUGAGACGCUCGGUGCAGGGUCUGGAGAUUGAGCUGCAGUCGCAGCUCAGCAUGAAAGCCGGACUGGAAGCCAGUUUGCGAGACACAGAAGCACGAUACUGCGCACAGCUGGCCCAGAUUCAAGCCCUCAUCACUGGCCUUGAGGAGCAGCUGUGCGAACUCCGGAGCGACAUGGAGAACCAGAACCACGAGUACAAAAUGCUCAUGGACAUCAAGAGUCGCCUGGAGCAGGAAAUUGCGACGUACCGCAAGCUGCUGGAGGGCCAGGACUCCAUAACGUCAACAGUGAACCCGAAGGACGCAAUGUCUGGAAGAGUUCGCGGGAGCGUGGAAGAUGAUAGAAGAGCUACUACUACUACUACUACUACUACUCUUGAUAGGAGAUUCCAAUAAAGAAAUACUGAAUCUCCUCUUGCAUCUGACACCACAUAGAACCCAAGCAGCCUACACAUGGGCUAAUGCUAAGAGAAAAAGCCUUCUACUCUCGCCAAAUCACAAGAAUGUAAUCCAAGAGCAUGCAAAAGCCUGAUGUCUUUCCUCACAGUUGUUGUCCCUGUUCAGACGAUCAUUUGGCUCUAUGGGUCAGAUGACAAGCUGGUUUUCUGUCAGUAGCUAUAGAGCUUCCUUAAGAAAGAACAUACACAAUAAAGUUUCUGUUCUGCUUGUGCAAAUACA